GAACGCAACAUCACAGUCGAUCCACGUUUCCCAUGAUGCACUGGGAGAAAGACCCGGCGGGGAUAUUCAAAAUUAUGGCAGAAGACUCGAAGAAAUAUAAACCAACAUCAAACUCUGAAGGCAUGGAAACCCCGUCCAUUAUUAACAGCGUAGAUAAUGGGGUAACAAGGCGCCUGUCGUUUUCGUCAGAAAAAGAUGUUAGCCCGCUGGAGGAACCGAAUAUAACAUGUAAAGUCUUAACGUUACAUUGUGUUCCCGACGACUCAAAUUCAUGCCGACCGUCUGCGGAAGUAGCCCAACAACUCACACCACAGGCCGUAAACACAUGUUUAAAGGCGAAACAUGGAGUGGAAUUGAAAGAUGCUUCCCCUGAACAUCAACUAAAUUCAAAACGGAAUAGUGUGAACAACGCCGAAGAUAAAGAAAACACCGUUAUACCCUCCACAACCAGCACUCCUGAUAACACCCAAGAAGAGGACAAUUCUAGUGAGAGAAGUUUGACUGGCAGUCAACAACACAUUAACACAGAGGACAAUGAUUCUGAGAUGAUGAAAAGAGCGCAGGACGAAGGCUGUGUGAACGUGGUUUUCCCCGGCACUGUAACUCAGGAAGGCUGCUGCCGCUUCGUCAGCGAGAUCCUCAAGUGCAUUCUCUAUCAGAGACAGCAACUACCUAUGACGUAUGACCAGCUUGUGUACUCCCAGAAGAAACAGCAAGCCUCAAUGCAGGAUAAAGACAUAGUAAGUCGGAGGCCGGUGCAGUCUGCAAACAUGGAUUGGCGCAAGUGUCAACAGACCCUUCAGGACCUAGAGGAGGUGCUGCAGCAGCUGGAGGUGCUUUUUUCCCUGAGCAGGGUGCCCCGCGUGCUGCUGUUAAUGGGUGGAUCCCUCAUCCUCCCCAAAGAGCUGUAUGAAAUCAACAUGGAGACUCUGGUAUUGGCUGCUGGAGAUCAAUGUCUACGGGUAUCGGCAUGCUUAAGGCAACUCUUCCGCACUCUUUUUGUGGCCGACCUUUUGUCUGACACCAGACCUGUUCGUUUAAUGCCCACCACAGUUUUGGCACUGGCCCACAGGGAUUGCGGAGUUGGUUGGUUCCGCCCUAAACUACAAUUUAAAGUGCCAACCCGUGUAAAGAACCAAAUUAUUGCUCUGUCUACUGAUCCCAGCACCUGUAAGGAACCAAGGGCAGAGGGGUCAGACUGGCAGGAUUAUGUGUGGUUUCAGGCGCCCAUGACUAUCAAGGGCUUUGGCAAGUGACCCAAAAACAUGUUGAGCACAGUCUGAGGUUGGAGCUCUCUUUCUGGAGCCUGUAUAGUACAAUUACAUUUUAAUGGUGUUUCAAGUGAAUUUAGAACUUGAAUUCUGAACAGAGCUGUCCAUAUUUUAAUUAAUUAAGAGUUGCAUGUUACUUGUGAUUAAAAGUACGUCACUUAAAACAAUAGUGGGUUUAUUGAUGUAUUAACCUUUUUUUUAUUCUUUUGAAAUACUGAGAAUGUGUUCUUAAAGGUUUUGUUGGCAUGAAAUCCGCUUGAACAGUGUAUUUAUAUUUAUGAAGAAUGUUUUGCAUAAAAUACUAAUAUUAAGUACAUUAACUCAAACACUAUUGUUGCAAUUUAUUUUUAAUGAGCAUUAGAUGAAGAUUGAAUGCAUUAUAUUGCCCUCUUUAAUCCCAUCUGUGGAAACAUUAGUGCCAGUAUCAUGUGUACGUUUACAUUUUUAUAUAAACAUAAGAAAUAUUUUGACUGCUGCACUUUGGAAGGCAAUGAAUGGAAGAUGCAUUGUAGUGUGAAAAUGAUCUUUAGUAACAAGUUUGUACAUUUGUGUACCAUUUGGAAUGUUUAAACAAAAUCUCUACUCAAACGACAGCAAUAAUAAAGAACAGAUGUACCAUAA